UUUCCACCCUUUCCUGCACACAUCUCUCACAAGGUAAUCUCCUAAAGAAGUUAAAACAACUUAACAAGUUUUCUGAGGAAAAUGUCUCUUGUCACAGAAGAGAUCAAAUCCAAAGCUGAGGUCUACUAUGGAGAUGAAAUGGGAAAAGAGAAAUCGCAGGAGCUGCUCAAGGAAGUAGGCUUGCCAAAUGGUCUUUUGCCUCUGCAUGACAUUUUAGAGUGUGGGAUUGUGAGGGAGACAGGGUUUGUGUGGCUCAAGCAAAAGAAGAGCAUAAACCAUAAGUUUGAGAAGAUUGGCAAGCUUGUUUCCUAUGCAACUGAAGUCACAGCUUAUGUUGAGCCCAAAAAGAUCAAGAAACUGACUGGUGUUAAGACCAAAGAGCUCUUGGUUUGGAUCACACUUUGUGAUAUCUCUUUGGAUGAUCCACCAACUGGAAAGAUGACUUUCAAGACUCCUACUGGGCUCUUCAGGACUUUCCCUGUGUCAGCUUUUGAGGUUGAAGAAAAAGGUAAAGGAGCAGCUAAGGGAGCCAUGGAAGUGAAUGGAGCUGUGGAGGUGAAGGAAGCCUAAUAAGGUUCUUAGUUUUCAGUGAUAAGUGGCCUAUAUCUGCUGUCUUACUAUCAAUUUCAAUGUAUUAUCACCUCCUGCUAGUGUUUACUGGUAAUAAAGUACAUUAUAGUGUCAUUUCUCAAUCAUGUUAUAGACAAGAUCACAGCAUGGACACUGGAGUGGUCUAAACUCUAAAUGUAUGCUGUUUUCUUAGCUUAACAUGAUGAGAAAAGAUGAAAUGAAUCAAAUUAUGUUUCCAAUUUAACCUUUAAUGAAUCCCAUGUUUAUGAUUUGUAUCAA